ACAACUAAACAAUAAUGGCCGCGAGUCUAGACGACAUAGACUGGUCCGAGGAAACGACAUCGUUACAAGAAGUAGCCGAUAAGGUCAGCCUUCCAUGUGUGGUGCGUGUCUGCGAGGGAUUCGACAGUGGGGAUGACAUCAGUUCUUUUUCACUCGGGGAUCUGAUGAAAAUCGACUCCUGUGAACAUAUAGGGAAGGUUGCGUGUCAAUUUGUGAAAUGGACGGGUUGGGACAAACCAGGAAGUGGAUUAAUGGGGAGAUACACUUUGGCUAACUGCUACGAUUCGUUGAGUAUACCCGUUACAUACAAAGGUUUGGUGAGAGUUAUGCCAAAACAUGGGACUUACUAUACAUACAAAAGCAUAGCAGAUGCAUUGACAGACUUUCCAAGAUAUUUAGAAGUUUUGGAAACAGUAAAAUACCGCGACGAGGAGAGUUCCAAAAUGGUUAUAUUAGCCAAAGGAGAUGUCUUGGAAACUAUCGGUUGGCGUAAACCAAAAAAACAAAAACGGGAUUCAAGUUUGAUGGAAUAUUUAAAAUGUUUACAUCAUGGAAAAGAUAUCAUUUAUAUUCCGUCAACUGUUUCGGGAAGUUUUCAAGUCUUGAGAGAUGAUGAGGAAUACACUUUACAAGAAGUUUUUAAAAGGUUUCCAUUACCACAAAUUGUGCAGUUUACAGAAACACUUUCUAAGGAGGUCGUAUCGCAUGAUAUUGUGGAAGCUUUCGGCAAUCUGGAUUCAUAUGAGGGUAAAAUGAUGUUGAAGAGUAUUCACACAGAACGGAUAUUGGUAGGACACUAUAAACGUUUGGACACGAAUAUGAACGAAGGUAAAUUUGUUAAAAGGACUGUUUUCGUUCUUCCUUUGAGUAAUCCUGAUUUGAGUGAAAUUUCUGUCCAAUAUCCCAUGUACUUGGAUUCUUCAGAUUAUGAGUUUUUUGUGGCUAAGAAUUUUACUCAGACCCCGACGGGUCCCAAGGUGAUGGACAGGGCCCUCUACGUGGAGUUCACUAAAAAGGCACAGUUACGCUUUGCAGAAGUACAUGACGAUUCGGAUAAUUGCGAAGAAACACCUCGAGCACCAUUACUCCCACCACGAGGUCAUUCGAAACCUGUUGCUGCUGUAGCUGCAAUGACACGUUCGUCACCUGGAGAAGGAAAUAUAUGGACAAGUCGUGCCCCAGCGCUAGUACCGCGGAAAUCACCAAAUACAGUGCAAUCAACCAAACCGAAAUCCGGUGUAAGCAAAGCCUCUACGCUGCCAUCCAGUUUAACCAAAAUUCCGCAAAGUGAACCAGUUAUAUCAAACCCUAGUUUGUCCGAUAUCGACUGGAGUACACCAUGUUCAGAGGGAUAUUUUAAAAUGGAAGAAGAAAAGGAUAAAGGGGCACUAAAAAUUCUAAAGAAAGGCUUAAAAAAGAUCAAAUCCAGACUACACUCAGACAAACAAGCGGUUACUAUUGACAACCCGGAAAAUUUUUAUGAAGUCAGCGACGGCGACGACGAUUACGCCAACGAUGACGGCUUCGAUCUAGGCCGUGUUGAAAACGAAUCGUUUUACGAUUAUCCAGACCUGUCUAAAAUGGAUCUGACAAAUAAAAAGGGCAUAUCUAAACCAAUAAUGGACACCACGACCAAAAAACAAUUUUCAGAAUAUACGGUCGAGGAAUUAAGUGAUGUAUUUAGAACUUGCGGUAUGACGAACUUGUCGAAAAUUUGCCAAAGAGAAUUAUUUGAUGGUAAAUUAUUCUCCAUGCUAUCGAAGCAGGAGCUCCAAUCAGAUCCUUUAAAUCUUAAAUCAAAAGAUCUUUUCAAAUUAGAACAGAUUAAAAAGGGCUGGCGACCAAGUCAUUCCUAGUCGGUUCUUACCCUAAAGAAAAAGUCAGUCGUAGCCGUUUCUGUGGCUUGAGACAAAGUCAUUCGUGGUCGUUUCUGUCUCUAAGAGACAAAGCCUUUCUUAUGAGUUUUCUAUCAAGCCAAUUAUGGAAAUACAAAUGACCUAGAUUGUGUUGAGUGAAAGGGAUAUCCUGUCUCUGUUGUACUUUCAAGAGACCUUGUGUAUGUUUGACGAUUAGAGACGCCAUUUCAGUACCAUGAAUAGUGGCAUAAUUUCAUUACCAUGAAUAAUGUCAUACUUUCAGUAUCAUGAAUAGUGGCAUAAUUUCAGUAUCAUGAAUAGUGUCAUAAUUUUAGUACAAUGAAUAGUGACGUAAUUUGUGUACCAUGUAUAGUGGCAUAAUUUCAUUACAAUGAAUAGUGGCGUAAUUUCAGUACCAUGAAUAGUGUCAUAAUUUUAGUACAAUGAAUAGUGACGUAAUUUCUGUACCAUGUAUAGUGGCAUAAUUUCAUUACAAUGAAUAGUGGCGUAAUUUCAGUACCAUGAAUAGUGGCAUAAUUUUAUAACAAUGAAUAGUGGCAUAAUUUCAUUACAAUGAAUAGUGGCGAAAUUUCAGUACCAUGAAUAAUGUCAUAAUUUCCGUACAAUGAAUAUGGCAUAAUUUCAUUACAAUGCAUAGUUGUUAUAAUUUCAGUACUAUAAUAGUGGUGAAAUUUUAGUACCAUGAAUAAUGUCAUAAUUUCAGUACAAUGCAUAGUUGUUAUAAUUUCAGUACUAUAAUAGUGGCAUAAUUUCAGUACAAUGCAUAGUUGUUAUAAUUUAAGUACUUAUAAUAGUGGCAUAAUUUCAGUACAAUGCAUAGUUGUUAUAAUUUCAGUACUAUAAUAGUGGCAUAAUUUCAGUACAAUGAAUAGCAAAACUACCAAUUGUUAUUUGUUAUUUAUUACAUUUCUGUCACAUCCAACUACAAUUAAGAAUAUUAUCCUACCUGGCGUGGGUACGAAUCAUCUCUUUUAAAUCGAAACGUUAAAAACUGGCCUUGCACGACACUUUAAAACUGAAUAGGGUUGAAGUCAUUGGCUUAGUGGGUAAGACGAUGGCUCGCUACCCUGGAGGUCACGUGUUCGAUCCCUGCUUUGGCGGAGAAAGUUCAUCGGGAUUGUCCGGCGCGGUUUCCUCUUGUCAGUGAUGCAGGACGGAGGGCUUGACAAGGAUAAUUGUAAAAGAUCCCUUGGCAGUUGGAAUUCGAUAUAAGAGUAGGCGAUAGUGCCGCUUCCCGGGCAAAAUUUCCGUUAUAGCACAAUGUAUGGUGUAUGCCCGUCCUCAUUAGCUCUGUCGGAGCAGAACAGUAGGACGUUAAACCCCAUUUCAUUUCAUAACGGCAUGAAGGCGGAGCUAAAUCUAUGUCGCGUACAACAGCCAUAAUGCACCCGAAUUGCGAAUGGCCUGUCAUAGUUUGUUCCCAACACAGCUUAAUUAACUUUACUAACAUUGUCCGCAGAUAAACGAAAGUUGUGUCACUACAUUGGGCUGGGUAUGUUUAAUUACUAUAUUAUUAACUUAUUACAUGCAUUGAGUUUGCCAGGCGAAACCAAGGGCGUCUAAUAGUAGCUAAACACAGACACAUCAGUACAUCUCAAUACAAUGUGUUUAGCUACGUUGCUAUGAAUAGUGGUGUACAAUGAAUAACGAUAUAAUUUCAUUACAACAAAUAUCGAUGUAUUUUCAGGACAUUAAAUAACGAUAUAAUUUCAGUACAAUGAAUAGCCAUGUAAUUUCAGUACAAUGAAUAGCGAUGUAAUUUCAGUACAACGAAUAGCGAUGUAAUUUCAGUACAACGAAUAGCGAUGUAAUUUCAGUACAAUGAAUAGCGAUGUAAUUUCAGUACAAUGAAUAGCGAUGUAAUUUCAGUACAAUGAAUAGCGAUGUAAUUUCAGUACAAUGAAUAGUAAUGUAAUUUCAGUAUUAUUAUUAUUAUUAUAAGUAUAAAUAAUAAAAAGUAAUUUCAGUACAAUGAAAGUUGUUUUAAUUUCAGUAUAACUAUCAAAGGG